CAUCAUUUUUGUUGUAUUGUCUGAAAAUUCGGAUUGGGUAUUUUGGGUAUUUUUACAUUAAGUUUUAAAAUUUCGAAUUGUAUAUAAUAAAUAAAUUUAAAUGGAAGAUGAAUAAGUCAUCCGAUGGUUUCAUACUAAUGACGAAUAUCACAUCUCAUUUCAUUCAAAAAGCUAGAGGAUCUACUACUAAACAAACUAAACUGAAUAAUUGUAAAACAACAAAGCAAAAUAAAUAAAUAAUAAAUAAAUAAACAUAGCAAAAAUGGAACUGAUUAAAAAUGUCUUUCAACAAAAUAAAAAAGAAAAAGAAUUAAACUCAGCAGUUUUGAAAAUUAUGACAAUUAAGGAGAUCGACAAGUUCAAAGAUAACCUUUGUAACGUGCAACAAGAUGGCAAAGCAAUGAUCUUUAAAUUAUUUCAAACACAUGGUCAAUUUUGUGCCUCUAGACCUUGGGAGGUCAUAUUUGUGUCUUUGACCUUAGUAGUUUGCGUUGCCUCUAUGACCUAUGUUGAACCAGAGCUAAGUUUCAGGCAGAAAGGCAGUUACCAGAAUAAAAUUGACGUGAUGAGUUCUGACACGGUCGUCAUGUCCAUCACAAAAUGUGUCUCCCUCAUCUACACCUACAUCCAGUUUUCCAAACUCAGAAGACUUGGAUCCAAGUAUUUCCUGGCAAUAACAGUCUUCCUAACGAUGUUGUUUAGCUUUGGUAUUAGUAUUGCUGUUGGAAAUUUCCUUGGGGCUGACCUCAACCAGUUGAGUGAAGCGCUGCCAUUUUUCUUGCUGUUGCUUGAUCUUUCAAAAGCAUGCACAUUGGCUAAGUUUGCUCUCAGCUCUGAAACUCAGGUGGAUGUAGUGAAGAACAUCGGGCAUGGUAUGGCUCUCGUGGGUCCUCUGCUAACGUUGGAUGCUCUUGUUGAAACUCUACUGAUUGGAGUUGGUACUUUGUCAGGUCUGUAUCAAUGCAUCUGUACACUGCAAGCAAUGUGUAGCUUCGGUUGUUUAUCCGUCAUUACUAACUAUUUAGCCUUUAUGCUCUUCUACCCAUCCUGUCUGUCUAUUGUCUUGGAGGUAGGUGCACUAACAAGGGAUAACAGGAGAAUGGUACAGAUCCAACAACUAGCAAAAGUAUGGCAGACCGAAGAUGAGGAUCAGAAGCCCAAUCCUGUCGUUCAGAAAAUUAAAAUUAUUAUGUCAACUGGUCUAGUCUUUGUACACGCCCAUUCUCGAUUUUUCGACAAAUCAACAACAGCUACCUCAUUUAUGGGUGACCUAGUUCCUGAACCUCUGGCCAAUCAGGCUUCGACAUCAGACUUGUUAUCUGCCUCAGCUGAUCCACAUCACUACUAUCCAAAUCAAAAAUUUUGGCAAUUUCUCAUAUAUAGGUCAACGACAUUGACCAUUGAUUACGUGAUGACCUUAUCUCUCACCCUCCUCCUACUCAUCAAGUACAUCUUCAUUGACACUGAUUACAACCAAUCGCUGUCGUCCGCUUCGGAUGAGUCAACACCAAUAGUAACUCAUGAUUCGUUAUCUAAAUUUUUUCUUGAUAGCAGUGAUGAAGAUGAUGAGGAUGGCGACGAUGGUGGUGAUGACGUGAAAAGUGAGUUAGUAGAUGCCGAGUGUCAGACGGACGAUCAGAAUGUUUGUGAUGAGAGUUUGCCAUCAUCAUCAAAAAUUUCGACUUCCGCUAAUUUGAAAUGUGGAUCGUCAAGGAGUUUAGAAGAAUGUGCUGAACUGUUGAAGGCUGUGAAUGGGCCAGAGCAGCUAACAGAUGAAGAGGUGAUGAUGUUAGUGGGGUCCAAGCACAUCCCUACUUAUCGUCUGGAGCAUGCCGUAAAUAACUUUGAAAGAGGUGUUGAUAUUAGGCGAAAGAUUUUAAGCAAAGCGUUACCGGAUCCAGAUUCACUAGACAAUUUACCAUUCAUGGGUUAUGACUACAAAUAUGUAGAUGGGGCAUGUUGUGAGAAUGUCAUAGGGUACAUGCCCAUUCCUGUCGGAGUAGCUGGACCCCUCCUCAUCAACGGCAGACGAUACAACGUUCCCAUGGCAACCACAGAAGGCUGUCUUGUGGCUAGCACUAAUAGAGGCUGCCGGGCUCUGUCGUCUGGUGAGGGUGUGCACAGUCAGGUGAUUAACGACGGUAUGACGAGGGCUCCUCUGGUGAGAUUCCAAUCCGGUAGGCGAGCGUCACAGGUCAAGGGCUGGCUAGAGAGGGAGGAAAACUUCAAAAUUGUGGCUGAGGUCUUCAACUCUACAAGCAGGUUUGCUCGUCUCCAUAAACUUCAGAUAUCACAGAUAUCUCGAAAUCUGUACAUCAGGUUUGUAGCCAGGACGGGAGAUGCCAUGGGUAUGAACAUGCUAUCCAAGGGGUCAGAGAGAGCUUUGUUGUCGUUGCAAGAAGAGUACUUCAAUGAUAUGGAGAUAUUGAGUCUCAGUGGCAACUUCUGCACUGAUAAAAAACCGAGUGCUGUUAACUGGAUUGAAGGCCGAGGAAAAUCAGUCAUCUGUGAAGCUGUAGUCCCCAGUCACGUGAUCAGAGAUGUGCUUAAAACCUCGGUUGCUUCGCUGGUUGAUUUGAACUUGAAUAAAAAUCUGGUCGGUUCUGUGGCGGCUGGUAGCAUUGGAGGGUUCAAUGCGCAUGCCGCCAACGUAGUUACUGCCAUCUAUCUAGCAACUGGGCAGGAUCCAGCGCAAAAUGUCUGCAGUUCCAACUGUGUGACCCUGAUGGAGGCCUUACACAACCCCGAGACCAAGACUGAUGAUUUGUACAUCAGUUGCACCAUGCCCUCUGUUGAAGUGGGCACCAUCGGGGGAGGUACCGUUCUGCCACCGCAGUGUGCCUGUCUUGAGAUGCUUGGAGUCAGAGGUUCUAAUGCGGAAGAACCGGGUUUGAAUGCACGCACACUCGCAAACAUUGUGUGUUCGACCGUUAUGGCCGGUGAGCUGUCACUGAUGUCUGCAUUGGCAACCGGUCAUCUAGUCAAGAGUCAUCUUAAACAUAAUAGGUCUUCCAUAAAUAUUUCCCUCUCGCAGUCUUCGCCUUGCGUGCCAAAAUCAUGAUGAAAAUUAACUUUUAAUUGAUACUCGCUGGCUGAUGACAAUUUCAAAAUUUGUAAAAUUGAAUUCAGAAAUAUUAUUUUUUAUUUAUUCAUUUAUUUUAUUUAUUUAUUUGCUUAGUUGUUUAAUAAAAACUUUGGUCAAUUUAAUAUAACUAAUCAAGAUGUUCAUGGAGCUGUAUGUGUGGAUGAUUUAAACGAGUUUCGUCAUCUAUUUUGCUCAUUAAAUUUUUGAGCUGAGUACUUAUUCAAAUGUGCUGUCUUGCACUACUUUGUUAUUUUAAUUACCUAAUUAAUUAAUCAAUCAAUUAUAGUGUCAAUUAAUUCAUUAUCAAUUUAUUCAGUCAAUUAUUAUAUUUAUUAUUAGGAAUAUUUAUAAAUAUUUACAAAUAAAAGGAUGGAAAUAAAAAAUAAAUUAAUGCUUCUAAAAA